AUAAUAAAAAGAGAUAAUGAAAUGUUAUUUUUUUUAGUCUGGAGGAAUGUUUUUAUUUAUUGUGAAAUCAAAAGACAUAUGGAUUUAUUUAAAAAAUAUAAUAGAGUAAAAAUUGAAAAAGAAGAGCAUCUUUUGCAUCAUCCAUAUAGAGAAUAUAUUUCAACAGUAUAUUAUAAUUUUGAUGCACCAAUUUCAAACUAUAUAAUCCCAAAAAGUGUUAUCAAGAUCGAAUUCUCUGAAAAAUUUAAAAGAGAAAUUAGUCCUGGUAAUUUAAUCGGUACAAAUGUUAAAGAGUUAACUCUUAGUUUGGAUGGAUUUAAAGACUGUCUUUGUGGAAUUAUACCGGCAUCAGUUACAUCUUUGGAGCUUAGAGACUACAACAAAGAGUUUGAAAAAUACGCAAUACCCCCAAGCGUUAAAGAGUUGUUUCUUUGGGAUUACAAUGAACAAAUUCAAGACGAAAAUAAUGAAAUCUUACCAGAAUCAAUUAAUACUCUGGGAUUAGGCCGAUACACUCACCCAUUGCUAGAGUUACCACGCAGUAUUACAAGUUUAAGUAUAUCGCUUCCCUAUAAUAAACAAUUGCCAGCAUUAGAAAUUCCUGCAAAUAUUUGCACAUUAAAGCUUCGAGAAUUCAAAUCACCUCUUAGAGCAAAUGAUCUUCCACCAACAGUCACCGAGCUUGAUGUUGGUGAUCACUAUAACCACCCUAUCUUGGCCAACUCAAUUCCACUCUCAAUUAGAAAAAUCACCUUUGGUUUAUUAUUUGAACAACAAAUACAUAUCAACACCAUUCCUCCAUCGGUUCAAAUACUCUCAUUCAGAAAUAAAAAGAUGAAAUCACUUGUAUCAAAAAAU